AUGGCAUCACCUACCGCUUUGCCACCAUUGCCAUUCAACCCGAGCAGGGUGAGAUCGUAUCUCCUCCGGCUACCACUUUUCACGCGCAUCGUGGUCCUGGUUAUCAUCGCAUUCUGGCUGCUUGAGUUCCAAACGAUAUGGGGCGUGGUACAAUGGGGCUCAUUGACGCCAGAUGAUAUUGGUCUUGGAAGCAUGUAUCGACUGAACACAUACCCAUUCAUUCACACUGGGUUCUUCCACACUUUUCUGAACCUGUUGGCUCUCACGCCGUUGCUGGAGCGUUUUGAAGCUGAGCAUGGUACUUUGACCGCAGUUGCUUUGUUCAUUGGGCCUCUGUCCACGUUUCCUGCCGGUCUAUAUAUCCUCGUUGAGAAGUUCAUUCUGCACAGAAACACAGCUGUGGUUGGCGCAAGUGUGUGGGUGUUUCUGCUUCUGGGCUCCGAAGCUAUCAGAACAUACAAAUCCAAUCCAUACUUCAGUCUCGGGCCAUACAAGAUUCCAACGUGGACAUCAUCUCUGUUCGCAUGUGCUCUCGUGUCGAUUUUCGUGCCAGACACGAGCUUCCUGGGCCAUCUUUGUUCUGUCUUGAUCGGUUAUUUGCUCGGCCUCGGUUAUCUGAAGGUGUUUGUUCCGCCCGAGAAGAUUCUCAGAUGGAUUGAGGGGAAACUGAACCUGCUGGGCCGCCUGCCACACUAUGUUUCAGUAGACCAGAAAACAUACGGACGAUAUGGUGUGCUCCCUUCGUCGACUGCUGCUGCAGGUGGUGAAAGAUCCACCCCUCUGAGCUAUCUGGGGACAAACCAGCGUCUCGGCCCUUGA